AAUUGGAACUGCAUGAUGGUGAGUCAUUUGACAAAUUCGAUACGUUUUUUUCCAAUACAGCCACAUUUUAAUUCGAUUGCGAUUUGAAAAGAUUUAUAUCUGUUACAACUAUGAACGAAACAGGUAAAAAAAUCGAUAAUCUUUAAGAAAAACUAGAUCCGGCUAGUGAAACAGUCACACGCGAUUAAAUUUUUAGAAGGUAAAAUACGAAUCGAUUUUGAAGGUUAUGUUAUUUAUUUCAGAUCUAGAACCGGUCGCAGAAGAUAUCGUCAUUCGACUUGAGGAUGUGCUGGAGUAUGUUGGUGAUUCUGUUAGACCGAUAAGGGAAGGCCUAGCGGUGUUAAGUGCUAACCAUAUUGUAUGCAUAGGUUACACCAGCAGAUCUGGUAUGUAUAUCCAUGCCAAAGGAUAUGUUUUACAAAGCUCUCAUCCUGGAGGGAUCCCACACGAAGUGUCACUCAAAAUUUGUCAAAAUCACCAGUUUUGGGACCUGAAUUGCUCUUGUAAGGCUGGUACAAGACGGUGUAAACAUAUCGUGGCGUGUUUGUUGCGAAUCAACCAAUGCAACAGACUCGAAAAAAUUUCCUGCACGGAUUCUGCCCAGGCUUGGGGAUAUUCAAAAAUUGAAAAAACAAGUCUUUGGGGUGCAAAACUGAUUCAAGACUUAUGUUGUGUGAGGCAACGUAAACCCAACAUUUGCGUUGACGUUGGAACGAAGGAGCAACUACUUUCAGAAUCUUUUCGAAAGAUUAUCGCUGUAUCAUCUCAAUCCGCAAUUGCUAAGCAUAUGGUUGGACGUCACGAAAACAUUAUUCAAUUUCGUACUGGUAUAAGCUCUAUUGCUCAUGUACAUACGGACAUUUAUUGUACAGAGCAGGAGUUGCAGUCUGUUCUUUUCAGUGGAAAUGAUGUGACAGAACUUGCUAAAACUCACUUCAUUGAUCAUUCACACCAGGUUUUCUACGAAAAAUUUGUAUGUGUUACGCAGCAGCAGCGAUCUAGGCGUAUUACUGCAAGUUCAUGCUACGGUCUGUUCACCUACUCCAAAAAUCCAAAACCUAACUGGGAGAAAAAAAUAUACCAAUAUUUAAAACCCAGUAACUUCCAAACCAAAAGUACGCGCUAUGGGAAGCAAACUGAGGAGACGGCUUUCUUGUGUUAUGCACAAAAAAGGAAUCCUGCCAUUAAAAAAACUGGUUUUGUUAUUAAAUACGAGGACCCAUGGAUCGGAGGUAGUCCAGAUGGUUUGGACACCAUGGCACGAAUUGUCCUGGAGAUAAAAUGUCCUGCUGCAGGAGAAGAACAUGAUUUGCACUGGAUAAUGGCAAACUGCUCAUCCACACAGCGAUACGUGAAGAUUGAUGGAGAUGCAAAAUAUUACUUAAAUAAGAAACACUCAUAUUAUGCACAAUGUCAGGUUAAUAUGCAUAUUUUAAACUGUGAAACAACUGAUUUCAUUGUUUAUUCGAAACAAGAGAACGAUUUUAUUGUCAUAGAGGUCGGUUACGAUAAAACCUUCGCAGAAGAACUGCUGCAUGUCCUGAAAAAAAAAUUAUUUUUCAGAAAUUUUGCCAAAACUGUGUAG